UGUUGUCAUAUCGAUUUAAAUAUACAUAGAUAACUGUUCCACCCUGCCCUGGUAAAAGUGGGAACGUAGUUCGUUUCUGUUUAGCAAGCCACCUAGCACGGCUAAGCUAUUAACACCUCAUUUGGCCUGCCUGCCGUUGCCAAGCUAGCUUUAGCUUAGCUCCUCAAUUGGGAGCGAAGGUAUGAAGUGACGAUUGUUAAAUCAAGAUCAGUCUUGUGGUUUGCUUCGUUUAGCUAAACUCAAGCUGCCUUAGAUAGCAAGUAGCGGAGGAAGAGAGGAGCCAUACAAGACGCUGGGGAAAAGUCGACUUCUGUUCUACGAUUCAAAGGAAUAUACAGCAACGCGUUUACCGUCGGGGAUGUCAAGCACAGCAAUGAAGAAGAAGGUAUUGUUGAUGGGCAAAAGUGGAUCUGGAAAGACCAGUAUGAGAUCAAUCAUAUUUGCCAAUUACAUAGCUCGGGACACACGUCGUCUUGGAGCCACAAUUGACGUGGAGCACUCCCAUGUGCGAUUUCUUGGGAAUCUGGUUCUGAACCUGUGGGACUGUGGCGGGCAGGACACGUUCAUGGAGAACUACUUCACCAGCCAGAGGGACAAUAUUUUCAGAAAUGUUGAGGUGCUAAUUUAUGUAUUUGAUGUUGAAAGCCGUGAGCUGGAGAAAGACAUGCAUUACUACCAGUCUUGUCUGGAAGCUAUCCUGCAGAACUCCCCUGAUGCAAAAGUCUUCUGCCUUGUGCACAAAAUGGACCUGGUGCAGGAAGACCAAAGAGAUUUGAUUUUUAAAGAACGUGAAGAAGACCUAAGGAGACUGUCAAGACCAUUGGCUUGCACAUGCUUCAGGACAUCAAUCUGGGAUGAAACACUGUAUAAGGCAUGGUCUAGCAUAGUAUAUCAGCUGAUCCCAAAUGUGCAGCAGCUGGAGACAAAUUUGAGAAAUUUUGCACAAAUCAUAGAGGCAGAUGAAGUACUUCUGUUUGAGAGAGCCACUUUUCUGGUGAUCUCCCAUUAUCAAUGCAAAGAGCAGCGGGAUGCUCACCGUUUUGAGAAGAUCAGCAACAUUAUCAAACAAUUCAAACUCAGUUGCAGUAAACUUGCAGCCUCCUUCCAGAGUAUGGAAGUUAGAAACUCCAACUUUGCAGCCUUCAUUGAUGUCUUCACAUCAAACACAUAUGUUAUGGUCAUCAUGUCGGACCCUUCAAUACCGUCUGCAGCCACCCUCAUCAAUAUCCGCAAUGCUAGGAAACACUUUGAGAAGUUGGAGCGUGUGGAUGGACCCAAGCACAGUCUGCAUAUGAGAAUGCGCUAGCCAGUGCAUUUGCCUCUUGUCAUUAUGCUCAACCAAUCAGUCCACAGACUCCAAACUGUAGGUCGUGGUCCAGCCCUAAUGCAUAUGCAUAUGAACAGCCCCUCGACAUGUUUCUUAUAUCUUUACACUCAAUCACAGAAAUUAUUGACUUAUUUGAAAAUCACAUAUUCUUCUGUCUUAUUUCUACGGUGAUCACAUCUGUCAUUGGCCGUGAUGUUAUUCUCUUGAAAUCGUCGUUCCUAACUUUACACAUUAAAGGAAAAAGUGUUUCUGUUUAGCAUUAAGGGGCCUCCUAUGCUGUCUUACCCUGUUAGAGAUAGUUCACUCUAUCAGUGAAUUCCUGUGACAUGGGGACAAUAUCUCCAAAUCAAAAGGGCAAUACCUAUAACUUGAUCUACAAAUGCAGAUUUUAUGCCAUAUGUUGCUUUUAAAAUAUGCAAAAUAUAGUUAUAUUUGGAAAUGGAUGAAAAAAGGCUCAUUAUUGACAGCAAUACAUGACCUCGCAAAUUCACAUCUAUGGCAUCUAUGGGCAAUUUCAGUGUAGCCCAACAGUUUCUGUAUAUCGUGAAAUAAUCCACAUCUUAGUCAACUACAUCUGAACAGGGUUUAAGCCUCCUGUCACAUUAAGUUUGCACAAGAUUCUUGAUUCCUAAUUAACUUGGCAUGUUUCAUAAGGCCAUGAGAAAAGCCACCUGUGCUCUUAGACCAGUUUAAACAUGACAGCUGCUGGUAAGAAUCAAAUGCAACGCAAUGGGGGGUAGGGCUGUAUGAGAGACAAGAUUGCUCAAUGUGUGUUUUUUUACGUAAAAUCUCUUGGGAGUCGUAUGGGCAGACACUGGCACAACCUCAGCUCAGUAAACUCAGCAUGACUUGUUACUAGGCCAAAUAUAACCUUAACGUUUUUUCCUGAUACACAGAGAUCUUAAAUUUUCAAUAAAUUGACCAUUGAUCAAAUCACUACUUAAAGCUCUU